AUGGCAUCCAAUCUUCCUCUUCCUAUCCCUCCACGAACUCCCACUCCGCCGGCGGACGAACCCUACAACCAUGCAAUGCAGAAUAACCCCGGAAUCGCUCUUGAUCGCGACGCCCUAUCGCCACUUCGAGAAACAUUUCCCAAGAGCAUCGCACUAGAUCCAGGAAAUCAAGCCCGUCUCAGCCCUACAAAGGCAUCGUUCAAUUUAAGCUCCACAUCCGCAGAGAUGGCACCAUCUGCACGGAAUGGAUCAAUAGACUCAACCGCCGCGGGUCCCUUCAAUUUCGAUACCGCAGUGAUGGCGAAAAGUCCUGUGAUUAAAUCCAACAUUGGACAGCGUCGUGGCCACAAAUACAAGCACAGUAGUAUCUCACACCAGAUCUUUCUUGAACCUCCCCCUCGUGCGCCCUUGGCUCUUCCCAACUCCCUUCCAAUCCCGACACUCAAAGAAUGCCGUGCCAGCAUGUCUAAGGAGCAGAAAACCCGAUUUUGGUGGAGUCUAUGCCACAUGUUUGUUGCCGGAUAUAUACAAUGGGCCGCGCAUGGAUCGCUGGCGAUGACUGCGCUAUCUCAUUUGAUCUUAUUCGAUUCAUUGGGUGCUCUUCUAUGCGUCGCUGUAGAUGUGCUAGGGAACUUUGAGGUCUGGAAGCGAUCCAGUAUCCGUCAUCCAUUUGGGCUGGAGCGAGCGGAGGUUCUCGCCGGUUUCGCCAUGUGCGUACUGCUUCUGUUCAUGGGUCUCGACUUGAUAUCACACAAUCUGCAACAUUUCUUAGAAAAGUCAGGUCACGAACCUCAUCAUUCACAUCCUCAUGAAAGAGUUUCCUUGGGAAGUGUCGAUGUAACUGCUGUAUUGGCUAUCUGCUCGACUCUUGUCUCGGCAAUUGGGCUGAAGAACCAUGCGCGAAUCGGCAGAGCCAUGCGUUUUGCAUAUAUCGACUCUCUUCCCUCCGUUCUCAGCAACCCAUCACACUUCCUGACCCUCUCAUGCUCCGCUCUCCUGCUUUUGCUCCCCUUGGUCUCAAUCCGUAUUUAUGAUUGGUUGGACAAGCUUCUCUCCGGUACCAUCGCCAUAUCUAUGUGUGUUCUUGGAGUUCGCUUGGUAAAAACCCUUGGCUCUAUGCUUCUCAUGUCUUACUCCGGCGGGGGUGUUGCCGAAGUCAUUAAAGAUAUCGAAGCUGAGCCUUCGGUCUUUGGGCUUGACGAUGCGCGAUUUUGGCAGGUCCACUAUGGCCUUUGCAUGGCAAACGUGAAGUUACGCGUCUCAGGCACAGAAGACAAUGUUGCUCGAUUGCGGGAGAAGAUAUCCAGUCUGAUUCGAAACAGGCUUGGCGGGGGCUAUGGUACUGGAGGGCAGAAGUGGGAAGUUUCUCUCCAAUUCACCAUUGAACGGCCUUGA